AUGAAAAAAUUUGAUGGAAAUUUUGGGUUAUUAGAUUUAGUGCGACAUCACACCCAAGAAUUUCUAUCAAAAGAUAAAACUAAAAUAUCACUCAAAAGAAGAAUAAAAAAUGAAAUUGAAUGUAUUGGGACUACUGUAUUAUUAUGUUUUGAAGGUGGUUAUAAGUAUUAUGGUCCUAUAGACUUUCUUUCAAGAAUUAGUGGUUUUUUUAAUAUUUUAUUAAAUAAUCCAAUUAUUAAAAAAAAAAAUUAUAUUGUUGAUUUAAGGCAUACUGAUUGUAAAAUGUUUUAUAAUGUUCUAGUUUUAUCAUCAAUGAUUGAGGAGGGAAAAAAAAUUAGUCAUAUAAAAUGUUUUGAGACAAGAGAUUUAUUUGACAUUCUUAAUAUUGCAUCAUUUUAUCAAAUUACAAUUGUUAUGAAACCAUUAACAGAAAUUUUAUUUGAAAGAGUGAAUGAUGAAAAUAUAUGUCAUAUUUAUGAAUUUUUUAAACAUCGUAUUCCAGAAAUAUCAAAUAAAUUAGAAAAAAUUAUUUCAUUAAGAAUGGAAUUGUUAAUAAAAAAUGCAAGUGUAUUUACUCAGUUAAAGCAAGAUAGUUUUUUAUAUUUUAUAUUUAAUCCAACAACAUCAAUACCAUUAUAUACAGAAUUAUUUCUUUUAAGAUUAUAUAUAAAAAUUGGCCGAGAAAUAAAACGUGAUGUGAGGCAAAUUGUUAAUGAACAAAAAAAAAUUUUAAAUAAUACUGAGGGAUGUUAUAAAAUUUAUGAUUCACGAAUUCCAAAUAAAAUAUUUUUAACAAUAGGUGGUUACUGUCCAACUUUUUGUCCCAAAGUAACUGUUUAUAAUCCAUGUACACAAGAAUGGAGUCAUGCAUCUGAAAUGGCAUGUAAAGAUAUUCCAAAAUUAUUUUAUCACAAAACAAUUUUAAAAGAUAGAGAUGUAUAUUUUAUUGGAGGGUGUGCUGAAAAUAAUUUUGCAUUAGAUACACUAUCAAAAUGGAAUUUAGAUGACUUUAAAAUGACAUCUCUUCCUAGAAUGCUUUAUCGAAGGAAUUUUUUAUCUGCUGGUUUAUAUGAUAAUGAAAAUAUAUAUGCUUUGGGGGGAUUUAGUGGUAGGCAACGAUUAAAAAAAAUGAAUUUUCCAAGAAGUGAUGGUGGAUCUAUUGUAAGAGAAAAACAAGUUUAUGCAAUUGGUGGGUAUAAUGGACAAUUUAUUCAAGAUUCAGUAGAAUAUUAUGAUCAAGAAAAAAAUAAAUGGUUUAUUUUGUGUAACUCAAUGAAUCACAAUCGUCGUGGACUUUCAGCUAUCUCAAGUAAUAAUUGUAUAUAUGUUGCUGGUGGAUUUAAUACCAAAAGAUUAAAUAGUAUUGAAAUGGUAGAUAUUCGUGAAGGAAAAUGGCAUUUUUUAUCACCAAUGUCUAAAGCUAGAUCAAAUUUUUCAAUGUCUAUUUUAGAAAAUGAUAUUUAUGUUUUUGGUGGAUGUGAUCAGAUGAGUAGGAUAAUUUCUGAUUGUGAAAAAUAUAAUAUAUUAUCUGGAAAAUGGGAAACAUUACCCUCUUUAAAAUAUAAUUUAUCGGCACACUCAAAUAUUAUUUUGGAGUAUGAUACUGCUAUAUAUAAUUUAUUAAAUUAUGACUUAUAA